AUGGAGAUGCAGGAUGAGGAUGCACGUGGCCAAGCUGAGUUCUGGCAGCUCACCUUAGCUUUCGCCGACAGUCUCACACUCAAGUGUGCGGUCGAGCUCGGCAUACCCCAGUUAAUCCAUGCCAAAGGCCAACCCCUCACCCUCUCAGAGAUUAUCACCUCACUGCAAGCUCCCUCCCCCGACUCAUGGUGUCUCUCACGAGUCAUGCGUUUCUUGGUGAAGAAGCGCGUGUUUAGUGAAGAGGUGAAGGAGGGGGAGGCCUACUAUGGCCUCACUCGUGCCUCUAAAUGGUUGGUGAGGCCGGGGACAUCGGGCCUUGCUCCCAUGCUUACGAUGCUGAACCACCCUAUAUUCCUUGCACCAUGGCAGUGCUUGAGCCAGUGUGUGGUGGAAGGGGGCAAUGCCUUUGAAAAGGCCCAUGGUAGCAAGAUAUUUAAGUAUGCGCUAAAUAAUCCAGGUAGCAAUGAGAUAUUCAAUGAGGCCAUGGCUAGCGACGCUCGGGUGGUUCUUGAUGCCUUGCUCUCCCAGUAUAAAUCAGGGUUUGCAGGCUUGACAUCAUUGGUUGACGUAGGUGGUGGCACAGGGACCGCGGUGAUUGCGAUAGUAAAGGCGCACCCGCAUAUCUCAGGCAUUAAUUUUGACCUCCCGCAUGUUGUGUCGAGUGCACCAGAGCAUCCGGGUGUGGUUAAUGUCAGCGGUGACAUGUUCAUCUCUAUCCCUCAUGCCGAUGCAGUUUUCAUGAAGUGGAUAUUGCACGAUUGGGACGACGACGAUUGUGUGAAAAUCUUGGACCAGUGCAAGAAAGCAAUCCCAAAGAACAGUGGGAAGUUGAUCAUCGUCGAUGCAGUCUUGCGUCCUGAGGAUGAUACAAGUGCUUUUGCAGACUCAAGGCUGGCAUUUGACCUCUUGAUGCUUGCAUUAGCCCCAGGAGGCAAAGAAAGGACUGAAAAAGAGUGGAGGACUCUAUUGAGCCAAGGAGGUUUCAGCAAAUGCAAUAUCAUAUCGCUUCCAACACUACAGGCCAUUAUUGAAGCUUUUCCUGAUGAGUAGUACUCUCUAUAUUACUCUGUGGUCUUCAUGUAACCAUGAUUCUGAUUGUGGCUUGUUUCUUCUUUCUGUUCGUUUCUUUUCUUGUUAAACUAUAGUAGAAAUAUAAGUGUGUUAUGUAAAAUAAUUUCACCACUUGCUUGAUUUGGGAAACCGUCAGCAACUUUGUUUUGGUAAUGUGAAAUUCUCAACUUUGUUUUGGUGAUGUAAAAUUCCUUCUGGGGAAUUAUAUGAUAAGACAAUUGUCUGCCCUAUUGAAAUGGAAAAAACUUGUGUGUUU